AUGAGCCCUCUCACUUCACGGACGCGUCCAGGAGGCCGCAAGAAGAACCUUGGUUCGUCUGCAAAAGAGUACAGCAAGACGAUCGACCAUUCAGAUCACAGACACUAUCAUUUCUGUUCGCAGAACAGACAACGGAGCGACGACAUCUACGAAGAUGCAGAUGUUCGCUUGCGCUCAUCACGGCAAAACCGUUAUGUAUCGCUGAGACUUCGUUCAUUCGUUCGCGCACCAUUGAACUCACGCGUCGGCGCAUCUGCUUCGAUACAGGCUAAGACAAAGGGGAAGGCAAAGGAAGAUGUGUUGGACAAUCUUCUCGUAGAUAUACAAGAGGCUUUGAUUGUAGAGGAUCUCCUCUAUGUUCUGAUGGACAUCGAGGAACAUAUAUUUCCCAUUAUCCUGAACACUCGCCAGAAGAUGACGACCCACUGAAGGGAAUACAUCUUGUUGUGUCCUUUCCCCUAGAUUCGUCCCUUCGAGACCUAACAGAACGGCUAGUGCUAUCUCCUCUUUUGUAGAGAGCCGCAGCCACCUCGAUUUUGGGCUUGUCCUUGCACUCUGCGCUGCUAUCUGGGCAUGCUCGAGGUCAAUUCCCCCCAUGGCUCAGGCGUCGUCUUACUUACCCCUUGAAAGGACUACAAAAAGUAUAUAUUAGCAAUCAAUGUCCUUACACUCGACUACAACGUGAUAUUCCCGCUUUCGCUCGUCAUCUCUCGCAAAACGAUUUUGCGUUACCAGCUCCUCUUCCGUUUUCUCUUACUUCUC